UUGCUGAGCAGCAGCAUGGACAGCCUGGGGAGCCGUGCUGCAUCUACCAGCCCCUACAGCUCGGAGAACGCCUCCUCCUCAGCCGUGCCCACGCCCUCGCCCUACUCCCAACCCAACUCCACCUUCGAGGGCCUGUCGCCGGCUCCAGCCAUCCCCUCCAACACCGAUUACCCAGGGCCUCACACCUUCCAGGUGUCCUUUCAGCAGUCAAGCACCGCCAAGUCUGCCACAUGGACCUACUCUCCCUUGCUGAAGAAGCUCUACUGCCAGAUUGCCAAGACAUGCCCCAUCCAGAUCAAGGUAUCCUCCUCCCCUCCGCAUGGCAGCAUCAUCCGCGCCAUGCCCAUCUACAAAAAGGCUGAGCAUGUCACGGAGGUGGUCAAGCGCUGCCCCAACCACGAGCUGGGACGUGAUUUCAAUGACAGCCAAGCAGCUCCAGCCAGUCACUUGAUCCGGGUGGAAGGGAACAACCUCUCCCAGUAUGUGGAUGACCCUGUCACAGGCAGGCAGAGUGUCCUGGUGCCCUAUGAGGCCCCACAGGUAGGGACAGAGUUCACCACCAUCCUGUACAACUUUAUGUGCAACAGCAGCUGUGUGGGGGGCAUGAACAGGAGGCCCAUCCUCAUCAUCAUCACCUUGGAGACUCGGGACGGACAGGUGUUGGGCAGAAGGUCAUUUGAAGGUCGGAUAUGUGCUUGUCCGGGCCGAGACCGCAAGGCGGAUGAGGAUCACUACAGAGAACAACAGGCCCUGAAUGAGAGUGUGGCCAAAAAUGGCAACACCAACAAGCGCAACUUCAAACAGACCCCACAAAAUAUUCCCAGUUCAAAUAUUAACAUGAAGAAGAGACGACAUGGAGAGGAGGAGAUUUACUAUAUUCCUGUGCGUGGAAGGGACAACUUUGAGCUGCUGAUGAAGAUCAAGGACAGCCUGGAGCUGGUGGAGCUGGUGCCCCAGCCGCUGGUGGACUCCUACAGGCAGCAGACACAGCAGCAGCUGCUGCAGAGACCGAGUCACAUAGCAUCUCCCUCCUCCUACUCUCCGCUGUCCAACAUGAACAAGCUUCAUGUCCAUGGAGGCCUCAGCAAACUGCCUUCAGUCAACCAGCUGGUGGGGCAACAGCCCCAGCAAAAUCCUACUGUCCCUACCACCAUGGCCCAUAUGGGUACCAACAUGCACAACAGCCACCAUAUGCAGUCCAAUGGUGAUAUGAAUGGAGGCCACAACAACCAGCCCAUAAUGUCCGCCUCCCAUUGCAGUCCACCCCCUCCAUAUAACCCUGACCCCAGCCUCGUCAGUUUUUUAACCAGUCUGGGCUGUCAGUGCUGCAUUGAAUACUUCACCUCCCAAGGCCUUCAGACCAUCUACCAUCUCCAGACUCUCUCAUUGGAGGAUCUGGGUGCGCUGAAGAUCCCAGACCAGUUCCGCCUAGUGAUUUGGCGAGCCCUGCAGGACAUGAAGCAAGGCGCCCCCCUCCCUCCUACCCCCUCCACUGGACAUCACCACGACUACCACGGCCAGCAGCUGCUUCGUUCCAGCAGCAACAUGGCCGCCACCGCCAUGGCAGCUAUUGGGGCUGCCGGCGGGGAGCUCCAGCGUCAGCGUGUCAUGGAGGCUGUGCACUUCCGCGUGCGGCACACCAUCACCAUCCCCAACCGACCGGCUGUUGUCGGGGCAACUGGGAUGGCAGCAGCUGCUGAUGAGUGGGCUGACUUCGGCUUCGACAUGCCCGACUGCAAGGAGUCACGCAACAAGCACUCCAUCAAAGAGGAGUUCAUGGAGAGUGAUGUACACUGA